ACAGCUGGCCGUUGAUUGGUCCACGGACAGGCCGUCAUCCUAUCAGACGUGCUGGGGAUGCUGACUGAUCCCUCUCCCCUCUCCUGCUGAUGGACUGCGGUCUGCAUGGGCUCAAUUUGGAUAGACCAGACGGAUGGAUGCUGAAGAUGAGAUGAGAUAAGCGUCCUCUGUCUCCGCCGAGCUGCUGCAAAGCCACGCAGGAAGAGACGUUGUCACCGCGAAGCCCACACCACCGGAAUAAGAGGAAUAAACUGUGUCUGUCAGUCAAUGAGGUUUGCCUUCUCUUUCCACACCUCGAUCAUGGUCCUGCUCUCCAGAGGUGAUGUGAGCUGAAGUCGCGGGGAAGCCGCAGAGGAGCUGUCCGUCUGUCGAGGUGCUGAUGCGGCUGUGACAGCAUGGCUGCCGGGAAGUUGCUGCUCUACGCCGGGCUCUCUCUUUCUCUCUGCGCCCUGGGCAUGCUGGCUGUGGCGAUGUGCUCCGACCACUGGUACGAGACCGACGCCAGGAGAUACAGGGAGCGGUGCCGAAGUUUUUCCAGCCGCCGCAAGGACCCGGGCUUCAUCUACAUCCCCAACAACAGCCUGCCUCUGCGGGCCAGCCGGAGCAGCCUGCCCCGCUGGGAGGAGAAGCUGCUGCUGGCCCGGAACCGGCGGCAGCUGUUCGCCAUGAGCGCCGCGGAUGAGUGCAGCAGGCAGUAUAACUCUACAAACAUGGGGCUGUGGAGGAAAUGCCAUCGAGUGGGCUUCGACCAAGAAAUCGAAGACCAGAUCCGGAAAGGUUCCAUUACAAGGUGCACCUACAUCAAGUAUCACUACUCCUCGGCUACGAUACCUAAAAACAUCUCCCCCAACAUCUCCAAGACAAUAAGGCAGGACGAGUGGCACUCCCUCCACUUGCGGCGGAUGACGGCAGGUUUCAUGGGCAUGGCGGUGGCCAUCAUCCUGUUCGGCUGGACCAUCGGAGUGCUGGGCUGCUGCUGGGAUAGAGGCCUCAUGCAGUAUGUGGCCGGCCUCCUCUUCCUCAUGGGGGGAACGUUCUGCAUCAUCUCCCUCUGCACCUGCGUUGCCGGCAUCAACUUCGAGCUCUCCCGUUACCCAAGGUACCUUUACGGCCUGCCUGAUGACAUCGGCCACGGCUACGGCUGGUCCAUGUUCUGCGCCUGGGGGGGUCUCGGCCUCACCCUCAUCGCUGGCUUCUUCUGCACCCUGGCUCCUUCUGUCCAGCCCAUUCCCCGAUCCACCUGCCCCAAAUCCAGACAGGAGAACGGCACCGUCUGCUAAAGCUGACAGCGUUUUCGACGCCGAUAACAAACAGAGAAACUGUUCCACAUCUUCAUCCUUCCACUCAUCUCCAGUCUUUCCUGGUUACAGAUUUCUUUUUUUAUUUGUGUGUGUGUGUGUGUGUGUGUGUGUGUUGGGUGUCUUGAUGAUUUUGAAAUUAACAGAAAAAACACUGAAGAACUAAAGAAAUAUUAUCAAAAAUGUGAAGUUGUGCUUGUUUUGUUGUUGUGGAGCAGACACCGAAAUGGACCUUGACCAAGAAAAAGGUUUCGAAGGGAGAUAUGUGGAGACAAUGAAGGACUACAUUUUGGAUUGGUGAUACCAAGAGGGGCUUUCGACCCCUGAAGGUGACGGACAUUAGUGUUGAAUCUGGGAACAGCUUCUAUAAACUGGCCUACUGUGAGUGUGGAGAACUCAAUAACUCAACAGUAUUGGACGAAACAGUUUAAAUUGUUAAGAUCAAGUUUCUGUUGGAUUUCUUGGAGCCUCCUUUGGGAUAAUUCACAAGGGAAUGGACCAGACUUGAAACUAUUUGACUUGCUUGGAUCAUGUUAAGUGGCCAUCUGUUCGAGUAUCUAUGGUCCCUAAAAUUGGGACAUGCGAGCAGCGAGGAGACCCAGGACUUCCACUGUUGUACAGAAUAUUCUAGAGACAACCAGGAACCGUCAUGUUGGACCAUUUUCAUUCCCGUGUAGGUGCAUUUCAUUCUGUCUGAUGACCCCAUCUGCCAUUUAGCAUUUUAUACAUGCAUUCCUCUUUUAUUCGACGUGUAUUAUCCUUUUUAUCGAGCUCUCCAUGUUGUGAACGAACUGAGUGUACGUUCGGAGCAAAUGUUUUUCCAUCGUAGUCAUAGAGUGAUCUGUGUGUAUGAGUGUGUGUGUGUGUGUGUGUAUGUGUGGGGAGGGGGUUUGUUUUGCAGUCUCUACAGAGGAAAGUUGUAAAAAAAUGAUCAUAGUGACAAAGUGGAGCCCUGCCUUGGGGAUGUAUAAAGGCAGGAGCUUUGAAGAACAGAACGGCACAAUGGAGAGAUGUAGUAUCCUGUUAAACCCAACUGACUUCUGCCUUGUCAUCUUUUUCGGGAGAUUCCCAGCACACAUGGCAGAUCAAGAAGAGUUUGUUUUAAAAGGGAGAAGCAUAUUCCACUCUCUGCUGCCCUGAGCAACUGUGGCAGGCUCGAGUAAUCGCAUCCGACGACGCUCCGCCUUUACUUCCUGGGAAUGUGUGAAGCUCUGCUGUUUCUCUGAGUGUCUUUAUUUUUCAGUAUCAAAGUCCAGGGUUAAAAGUGUUCACCUUACCCAGCGAAUACAUUACAUUACAUUACAUUACAUUACAUUACAUUAAGCUGACGCUUUUGUCCAAAGCAACUUACAAUAAGUACAUUCGACCAGGAAGACACAACCUUGAAGAAAACAGAAUCAUAUAAGUACAUCAGGUUUACAGAAUACAUCUAGACUGAGUAAGAAAGUGUUCUGUAUUAGCAAGAUUCUUCAAGGCCUCAGCCCCCAAUCACAAGUCAGAAAUCAGAGUACACACUAACAUGGGCUUGAAUAUUUGUAUGUACAUUAGGGAUGAUGAUGAUGAUAAUAAUCAAAUUCUCACCAGGACCAACUGGUUUAGAUACGGGCAUCCAGUCAUUAGAACUAUACAAUACAGAAAGCAGUCAAUGGGAUCCUCCAAUGGAACUAUCGACUAAAAAGACAGUAGAGCUAACCCAAAAACAAAACUUCGAUUUAUUUUUUUGUUUUGCUUUUAGAAUUCAACAUUAACCAUGUGUUUAUAACAGUGACAGCUUUCACUAUACUUUUUCAGCUUGUGGGUUCGUAACAACUGGAGGUGGCCAUGAUGUGGGUUGAUAAAAUGCGAAACGGUUGUUUACGGAAAAUAAUGCGUCAACAUGUGUCACUAACCCUAACCCUAA